AUGGAUUUGAGCAGUUUGGCCCAACUGCAGACGGAGGGGGUUAACCCCCGUACAAUACACAUCGACCGCAUGUCGACUUUGGAGAUGUGCACGGUCAUAAACUCUGACGACCACAGAGUAGCAGAUAGCGUCAAAGAAUGUCUUCCUGACAUCACUGGCGCGAUUGACGCUCUGGCACCGCGUGUACGUCGAGGUGGGCGCGUUGUCUAUGUAGGCGCAGGAACCAGUGGAAGACUGGGUAUCCUGGAUGCUUCAGAGAUCCCACCGACUUUUGCCGCUCCGCACUCCCAGUUCAUUGGGAUAAUUGCUGGUGGCGAUGCAGCUAUCCGCCAAGCGCAAGAGGGUGCCGAGGAUAACGCUCAAGCCGGCGAGGAUGACCUGAAACGCCUGAAUCUGGACCCGGAGCUUGACAGUGUCAUUGGAAUCGCCAGUUCAGGGCGGACGCCGUACGUUCUAGGAUGUCUUGCCUUUGCCAAACGGCUGGGUUGCGUCACGAUUGGUGUGGCUUGUGCAUCACCUUCGGCGAUGAGCCGCUCCGGCGACGUGGACUUUCUUAUUGCUCCGCUUCCUGGCCCAGAGGUUGUUACGGGGAGUACGAGACUCAAGUCUGGUACCGCGACGAAGUUGGUCUUGAAUAUGCUCAGUACAGGCACGAUGAUCCGCGUUGGCAAGACCUACGGUAAUAUGAUGGUCGAUAUGGUAGCAUCAAAUCUCAAGCUAGAACAGCGGUCACGGAACAUGCUGCGUCGACUCAGUCCCAAGUGCAACUCAAUGUCUGAUUCGGAGCUAGAUGCACUUCUUGCACAGUCAAAGCGCAGUGUUAAGCUUGCAAUGCUUGUUGCCGAGACCGGGCAAAUGGUAGAGGUCUGCCAGCAGCAUUUGGACUCGGCUGGAGGCGUGUUGGCUGCUGCGUUGGACGAAGCAUGCCCGACAACCCGGACUUGGACUUUCAACGAGGGGAAUUUUAAGCGGUUCACGUUGUGCAUUGAUGGUGGCGGUACUAAAUGUGCUGCAGCAAUUACCGACAUCACUGGCAAUAUGAGCUAUGGCUACGCUGGCCCUUGUAAUCUGACUGACGGUAUCGGAAAUGUGCCUGGGGUAGUGGCUACCUUGGUUGACGCCACCAAGAAUGCACUUAAGGGACAUCUACCAAGCGGCACAGAACCUAGUGAUGCAGAGUGGAGGCAUUAUUUGAGAUCCUGCUUCCGUUCCGUUUGGAUUGGACUCGCAGGAUUGGACCGUGCUGGACUGCACGAAAAAUUGGCUCCAAUGUUGGCAGAGAUCUUCGGGCUCGAUCAUACCACGGCUGACUUCCGGCUAACGAGUGACGUGGACCUACUCCCGGCAUCAGUCCCCCUGGACAACAAUCCUCGCUCUGUACUCGUCCUCAUCGCGGGGACAGGCAGCGUUGCUAUGCGGUAUGCCUGGACGGAAGAUCGAGGAUAUGUCCGCGUAGCUCGUUCGGGCGGUUGGGGCCAUAUGCUAGGAGAUGAGGGCGGCGGGUAUUCCAUUGGGCUGGAAGCCAUCAAGCAUACGCUUCUUGUCCUGGAAGAGCAGACUCUGGGUCUUCGGUCACAAGAGCUGGACGCAUUAGAGGAAGCAGUGAUCGACAAGCUGGGCUGCACAACCUCGCGGGACGGCCGUAUCGACAUUUUAAGCCACAUUUUGUCCGGAUAUCACCAGGAAACCGUCAAGACUCGUAUUUCCCAACUGGCAGAGACCGUCUUGGAACUUGCAUCGCACGACCAGACCGCGGAGGCAAUUGUACAGAGUCAAACAUCACACUUAGUGACCAAGACGCUGGGGCGUCUGACGGACUCGAGGAGCAGCGGGUAUGCAGCAGCUCAAGAGACUGAGUUGGUACUCGCUGGUGGGUUGAUGAGAAAUCGGGGAUAUCAACGUACUUUGAGAGAGCAGUUGGACCAGAGAGGACUGAAGUUCUCAGGAGUUCGCGUCGUUGACGACGUUGCUGCGGCUGGAGCGAAGUUCUUGUUGGAGAAAAAAGAGUGA